CUCGCUCCCGCUCCCGCCAUCAAAUCCUCUCGCGUCUCCCCAUAUCUUUCUCGACUGAUCGCUGCGCCCCCGCAACCUCGCAUCGGCCCACUCGCCCGCCAACGCACCACCGCCUGUCAAUGUUAUCAUGACCCUUCCGUCCGGCCCUGAGACUCGGUUUCACGCUUGUUACUCGUAGUCUCUCUCUCUCUCUCUCUGCCCGCCAUGGGCGCUCCUCUCAACGCCGAGUCUUGGAUCUGGUUCGCCGUUGUCAUCUCCAUCGCCUCUGCGCGUUUCGCCUCGCGUAUCCUGCUCUUCCGCGGCGAUGCAAAAAAGCUCCAGAUCGACGACCUGCUCAUGUUCGGAGCUCUCUGUACCUACACCACCUUCCUCGUCUGCAUCAACAUCAUCAGCCACAAUGAGAGCAAUCUCUUGCCCCCGGGCUUCGACAUGGACUUGCUCACCCCCGCCGAGAUCAGGCACCGCCAGUAUGGCAGCAAACUCGUCCUCGUCGUCGAGCAAUGCCAGUGUGUCACCGUGUGGGCGGUCAAGGCUUGUCUGUCAAUCAUGUACUAUCGCUUGACCAUUGCCUUGAAGGAAAACAUUGUCGUCAAGGUCCUUUCCGUCUACGUCGCCUUCGGCUUCAUUUUCAUGGAACUCUUUUAUUUCGGCGUCUGGUGUCGACCGUUCAGGAAUUACUGGGCUGUACCGACACCCAACGUGCAAUGCAACGCCGCAACCAACCACCUGAUCACUAACGCCGUCUUCAACAUCUCCUCCGACCUCUUUCUCCUCAUCCUCGCCCUGCAGAUGAUUGUGCGUAGCAGUCUGCCAAUCAUGCGCAAACUCAUCCUGUGCUUCAUUUUCGGCCUGGGCAUUUUCGUCAUUCUCGCGGCUAUUCUGAACAAGUAUUACAGCUUCACCAAUCCCUUCGGCCGUGCUUGGACUUUCUGGUACGUUCGUGAGAGCAGCACAUCUCUCCUCGUCGCCAACCUUCCCUACACUUGGAACCUGCUCCGCCGCAUCUUCCAUCUCCGCGCCUUUAACGGCCGGUCCUCGUCUGGUACUGGCACUCGCACCAACCGUGCGCGCCACGCGCCAAGCAUCGGCACUGCAACCACACUCGUUGCCCCGUCGCGGUGCGGCACGACCUCGAACGGCAAGGGCAGUUUUCUCCGCUCGGAUAUAGGUUCCUUCGGAACGGAAAGCCCCAGGAACAGCAGUCUUCAAGGGAACAAGGAGCUUGGCUAUGCCGACGGCACUCUAGACAGCAGCCGUAGCAGCACGACGCGCAGCGACAAGUCGCCAUUUAAGAGCUGGCGGGAUCAAGAGGUCUAUGGACGACAGGACCAGGAAGCCCUAGCCAUGGGCGUCGAGCCCUACGACUUUGGCGCGAGUGCCGAUGACGGCACUUUGAACGAAGGCCAGAGAAGGAGUACGGACGCAGAAGCGGCCCUGUAG